GAGCCUGUUUCCGGCCGGAGGUGUGAGUGUCGCACCCCGUAAGCAGCGAGGACCGACACACGCCAUUGUAUGAAUUUGUUUAUUCGCGUCCUUUUCGUCUAGUUUUAUUAAGGUUUUAUGUUCAGUCAGAUUUAACAGUCCCUUGUCAAAUCAUCGACUCCAGUUUUUAAGGACAAACCUUUUAUUUACAAUUAAGGACAUGGCAACAGAUUCGUGGGCCCAGGCUGUCGAUGAACAAGAAGCCGCAGCGGAAUCGAUAGGCAACUUGCAAAUAAAUGAAAAAGAUGACAAGCUGAAAGCUGAAGCGAAUGGGGCAAAGACAGAAGGCGAUGGAGAGAAGACCGAGGACGAUGAUAAAGACGACAAGGCAGCACAGUCACUGCUGAACAAACUGAUCCGCAGUAAUCUGGUGAACACCACCAAUCAAGUUGAAGUCCUUCAGAGGGAUCCGAACUCUCCGUUGUACUCCGUCAAGUCGUUUGAAGAGCUACGAUUGAAACCUCAGCUAUUGCAAGGAGUGUAUGCCAUGGGUUUCAACAGGCCCUCCAAGAUCCAGGAGACCGCGUUGCCCAUGAUGCUCGCAGAACCUCCACAGAAUCUGAUCGCUCAGUCUCAGUCAGGCACGGGGAAAACGGCUGCCUUUGUGCUGGCCAUGUUAAGUCACGUGGACCCUGAGAACAAAUGGCCUCAGUGUCUGUGUGUGUCCCCCACAUACGAGCUCGCCCUACAGACAGGCAAGGUCAUCGAACAGAUGGGCAAGUUUUACCCUGAAGUCCAACUGGUGUAUGCCAUCAGAGGAAACAAAUUGGAGCGGGGAACAAGAUUACAGGAACAGAUCGUGAUUGGCACUCCUGGUACUGUUUUGGAUUGGUGCCAGAAGCUUAAAUUCAUCGACCCCAAGAAGAUCAAGGUGUUCGUUCUGGAUGAAGCUGAUGUCAUGAUCGCCACACAGGGCCAUCAAGACCAGAGCAUUCGUAUCCAGAGGAUGCUUCCUAAAACUUGCCAGAUGCUGCUGUUCUCGGCCACAUUUGAGGACACCGUGUGGAACUUCGCAAAGAGGAUAGUUCCCGAGCCCAACAUCAUUAAACUGAAGCGUGAGGAGGAAACUCUAGACACCAUCAAGCAGUACUACGUCAUCUGCAACAGCAAGGAGGAGAAAUUCCAGGCUUUGUGCAACAUCUACGGAGCCAUUACUAUCGCACAGGCCAUGAUCUUCUGCCACACCAGGAAAACCGCCGGGUGGCUGGCAGGAGAGCUGUCCAGAGAAGGCCACCGGGUGGCGCUGCUCAGCGGAGAGAUGCAGGUGGAGCAGAGGGCGGCGGUCAUUGAACGUUUUCGUGAUGGCAAGGAGAAAGUUCUCGUUACGACAAACGUCUGUGCUAGAGGUAUUGAUGUGGAGCAAGUUUCGGUCGUCAUCAACUUUGAUCUGCCGGUGGACAAGGAUGGAAACCCUGACAACGAGACGUAUUUGCACAGAAUCGGGCGUACUGGGCGAUUCGGCAAGAGGGGGUUGGCGAUAAACAUGGUGGACAGCAGAUUUAGCAUGAACAUCCUCAACCGCAUCCAGGAGCACUUCAAUAAGAAAAUCGAGAAGCUGGACACAGAUGAUUUGGAUGAAAUCGAGAAAAUCGCCAACUGAGCGGCCGUCUUUGUUCUUGUAAUAGGACUACGUUUUAAUUCAGAGGCUGGAAGCAGAGCUGUGCCAGAGAGGAAGUUUACAUGUGGAGCAGUUUUAUCUCAGAUGGUGUUUUUAUAGGUUUUGUUUAAACACAUUUCACUCUUUGUACUUCUUAAUAAAUUUUGAAUGUCUAAUCUUAACGUCACGUGUGUGAGAAUGCUGCAGCAGCGGUCUGGGAUAGUGGCACGAGGAUAUCCACGGUUUCAUCAUGAACCUUUUAAAUUGACUUUUAACAGCCUGCCUUCACACAAAGCGUGGGAAAAAGUUACAUUGACUGUUAUAUUGAUUUCUAACAUGGGACUCCAAACCAAGGACUCAUAUUGUGGUAAUUGCGGACAAGAUUUUUAUGGAAUGAGCUGAAUUUUCUACCACAAGCAUGAAAAACAAGCAUUUUCAGUCAAGUUUAUUUGUGUUGUAAGAAAUCUGGGUGCAGCUACAUUUGAUUUUGGUGUGACACUCCAAACUAGGAGUCAAAAUGCAGGGUUUAUUUAACACUGACAGAUUGCUGUUAUUGUGUCAUACAUUAAUACCUCAUGACAUUGCUACAGAAGGGAUGCUGGCAGUUAUUGGCUUCGAAUUAAACCAAAACAGUUGCCAAAAUCCUUUUAUUGGUAUGAAAUUAUGCAAAAGCCAAAGAUUUGUGCCUCCAUUGGAUUUACCAGUAUUUAACAUGGAAUAACACAAACGUAUCUAUUCAUCGUGUAUAAAUAUUGUCAUAUUUAAUAAGUACAAAGAGUGAAACUGUUGCUAUGUUUAACAGAUGCAGUGUAAAGAAAGCAGAUGUGUCACAGCAUUCAUUGGAAGAGUGCUCUGGAGCGGAAGCAUUAUUUGUGUUCCCAGUCACAGACUGCAUUGAAUUGGAAAUGAUCAGGUUCACGUACACAAAUACAACCGAAGGCUGUGCCACAUUCCCAUUUGCAGCCGCCUUAAAAAUGUAAAAAAAAAAGGCAGAUGUUCGCGCAUCCUCUACAAUCUCACUGUAUUCUUCAGGGUAGCCGUAGCAAAUGAUUAUUUUAUAUUAUGGGAUGUUUUAAUUUAACCACACGACACUGCACUCGGCUCCAUUAUAUAUGCAUUAUGAUAGAUGUAUAUUUUAUUCAUUGGUAUGCGAGUAGUGAGGUUGGGGUAAAGUGUGUCAGUCACAUCUUUGAAGCGAAGAUUUUUCUUGAUGAAUUACUAGAUCGAUUAAAUAUAUCUCCUGAUGCCUUGUUCAUUUUCUCAGUUUGGUUAAAUCUGUCAAUCAUACCUGUUACAAUGAUAUUAAAUAGAAGGGUUUUUUUUUUUUUUUUUUUUUUUUUUUUUUUUUUUGCAAACAAAAUUUGAAAUCUAUGAUUAAGCUAAAGGACUGUCUAGAAACCAACACUUGAUCUGGUGUCCCAUCAGAUAAUAAAUGGACUUGUCUCUGUUAUCAAACACAUUCCUGCAUAAUCAUUGCAUUCUUUUAUUAGUAUUUAACUGAAAUACCCAUAAUGCUUGAGGACAAUUCAAUAAUGAUGUUUCCACAGCACCACAAGGCUGCUCCUAGCUGUGUGUGUCACGUUCACCUCAAUGAAGAUGUUUUCAUUUAUGUGAAAAAUUUUUUGAUCAUUUUUUCAACAAAAAUGCAUUUACAGCUGACAAAUCAGCAGCCUUUUGAGAUAAUCAUUUCCGUGUUUCACCUCAAUCGAAUGUUGACAAAAAGUAUGUAUCUCUUUGAAAGUGAUCUGUGUUGACAGGUUCUGUGUGUUUGGAGCGAAUCAGUGACUGUCUGGAUGUUUCAGGAUGAGGAGCGCUUGCUUGCUGCAGAUCUUGAUAAAACUGUUAAACAAAUCCAGCUCCUCUCAGGUCUGCUGCUUUUGUGAUGAUAUUAAUGUCUGAAUGAUGUGUGCUAGAAUAAAACUACAAAUCAAAGUA